AUGAAUAUUGCGCAGCGCAACCGUCCGACACUUAUCAAACAAAGCAUCCUCUUGCCCAUCUCCAAGCUUGCCUCCAGCGCAGCGCCCAGCUCUACUCGCCUCCGUCACCACAGCGCGGGGUCACCUCAUAUCCCUCCAUUGCGAGCUCCCUCAUACACAGUAGCCUUUUCUACCACAGCAAUCAACAUGUCCAACGCCGCCAAAAUCACCGACUGGGUCGACCGUAGCGACAAGUCGGGCGAGUUCAAGCGCCAGGUCAGCUCGUUCCGCGACCACAUCUCGCGCGAGGCCGGCGCGCAGUAUCCGCCCGAAAAGGACCGCUACCAUCUCUUUGUGUCUUAUGCCUGUCCUUGGGCCCAUCGCACCCUCAUCGCCCGCAAACUCAAGGGCCUCGACAAGUUCAUCACCUUUUCGGUCGUCCACUGGCACCUCGGCCAGGGCGGCUGGCGCUUCGUCACAGCGGACGAAAAGGAGCCGGGCGAGAAUGUCAUCCCGGAUCCGAUCCCCGGCCACGAGAAAUUCACCCACCUGCGCGAGGUCUAUUACGAGUCGGACGCCGACUUCAGCGGCCGCUUCACGGUGCCGGUGCUGUACGACAAGAAGACGAAGCGCAUUGUGAAUAAUGAGAGCAGUGAGAUUUUGCGCAUUUUCGGAUCUGAGUUUGACGACUUGCUGGACGAGAAGCAUCGGGGCAUCGACAUUUACCCCGAGGCCCUCCGCGCUGACAUUGAAGACGCACACAAGUGGCAGUACGACCUCAUCAAUAAUGGCGUCUACAAGUCGGGCUUCGCGACGACGGCGCAGGCCUACGAGCACAACGUCGUCGCCCUCUUUGAGGCGCUCGACCGCGUCGAGAAGCACCUCCAAGGGCAAAAGGAAGGACCGUACUACUUUGGCAAGACCCUGACCGAGGUUGACAUUCGACUCUACGUCACCCUCGUCCGCUUCGACCCCGUCUACGUCCAGCACUUCAAGUGCAACAUUCGCGACAUUCGCUCCGGCUACCCGGCCAUCCACCAGUGGAUGCGGCACCUGUACUGGACGCUGCCUGCCUUCCAGGACACGACGCAGUUUGAGCACAUCAAGUGGCACUACACCCGCAGCCACACCCAGAUCAACCCGCUAUCCAUUACGCCGGUCGGUCCGCUGCCCAACAUUCUGCCUCUUGAGGAAGAGGUGGCUGCUGUCGCCGCUGCGCGCAAGUAA